AUGCAUUAAUUUUCCCUCUGUUUGCAGUUACGGCGGGACUGUAUUUCUCAAAGUCAUCCUACAGGUUUCGGAUCUCUCAGAACUCGAGUACUAGUUUUGUUGGCAAAGUCUACGUUUUAGUCGGCCCAGAGGACCCAUGUCAAGUUCCACAUGUCAAAUACACAAUCAGCGCUCGACCCGCUUUAAGCGAUGACAACGUCACUUCCGGUAACCAGUCCGCAGACGUCGGGCCUGUAUUCGAAAUAGACAAAACAGGAGUGAUCCACUUACGCAACAUGUCUCAUCAAAUGCUUGGAAUACACUCAGGGAUAAUACAGGCCAAAACCAGAUGUUCCUUGACUAGUGAAAAUGUGCGAACAGCAACAGCACACGUGACGCUGUUUAUAAAUGACGUAAGGACAGAACACCGAAAUAAACCGAAUUUUCACGACUUGUGUUGGGGAGCGGACGAUCUCACCUUCCGGGUUGCUGAGAAUAACCGCGUUCCCCUGAUCUUUGGAACCCUUCAUGAGAGAAACCAAGAAACUGUGGAAACAACAUACACAGUUAUUGCAGCAGGCAGUGACAUAUUGUCAGUGGACAACAUGACUUCUGAACUGUCACUUUUGAAGUCUCUGGACCGUGAAACUCAAGAUCGGUGGCGUUUCGUUGUCGUCUGCCUAGUGAAAACUGGAAAUGACGUCACACACAAAAUGAAACGCCACAAUCGAGGUGAAGGUUCUUGAUGUGGAUGAUAACCCACCCUACUUCCAGAAGGACAACUCGCAAUGGAAGUUGGAGAACGUGAUUCUG